ACCAUUUGACUCUCUCCUCCCUCCCCUCCUCGACGACGACGACGACGACGACCAGUUCUUCUCGAGUUCACAUCGCGAACUGCGGGACUCCGUUCGAUCUCAGAUAGAAAUUCGGACCCUGUCGUGUAUCUCGUCGUAUGGGAAUUACUUCUUCCUGUCCAUUGGCAGAAUUUGCCGACGUGGAAAACGGUGUCCAAUCCCUUAUCAUCAAAUCUGUAAGCUUCGGAGAUGAUGAAGUCAAGACUCCGGCUCAUUCCAUCAGUUUCGGUAUUCAAGGUUCAGAGCCAACAAUAACUAAGCCCUUAGGCCCUGGAGUGAUGGCGCUUGAGUGUGCUGUUCGCUUGGAAGAGAAGGAUUCGGAGAUGGUAAAUUCAGUCGAGUCUCCAACUCCGAUAUCAAAGGAGCAGAAGCAAGCGCCUGCCAUGGCAGUUAGCCGAGAAUCUGAUGCUGGGGACAAUCAGAUCCCAGGAUCUGUUGAGGUGGCUCAGAAAUGGUCUGUUUUGGACCCCGACAAUCCUGAACACGAGGCAGCUGUGAAAUUACAGAAAGUUUACAAAAGCUUCCGCACUAGAAGAAAGCUGGCAGAUUGCGCGGUACUUGUUAAGCAGAGCUGGUGGAAGCUCUUGGAUUUUGCCGAGCUCAAGCAUAGCUCUAUAUCAUUCUUCGAUGACGGGAAACACGAGACGGCCAUUUCACGUUGGUCAAGAGCAAGAACAAGAGCUGCCAAGGUUGGAAAAGGUUUGUCGAAGAACAAUAAGGCCCAGAAACUUGCGUUGCAACACUGGCUCGAAGCAAUUGAUCCACGCCAUCGUUAUGGGCAUAAUCUUCACUUCUAUUAUGUCAAAUGGCUUCAUUGUCAGAGCCGACAACCCUUCUUUUACUGGUUGGAUAUAGGAGAAGGCAAAGAAGUAAAUCUCGAGAAAUGCCCCAGAUCAAAGCUUCAACUGCAAUGUAUCAAGUACCUUGGCCCGAUGGAAAGGAAGGCCUAUGAAGUUGUCAUAGAAGAUGGGAAGCUCUUUUACAAACAGAGUGGCGAGCCGGUCCACACCACAAGUGAACCCAGGGAUGGGAAGUGGAUUUUCGUCCUGAGCACAUCGAGAGUAAUGUAUGUUGGUAAAAAGAAGAAAGGUUCGUUCCAGCAUUCCAGCUUCUUGGCUGGAGGAGCUGCAGCAGCUGCAGGGAGAUUAGUUGUUGAACAUGGCGUACUAAAGGCAGUUUGGCCUCACAGUGGCCAUUAUCGGCCCACCAAGGAAAAUUUCGAGGAUUUCAUCUCCUUUCUCCAAGAGAACGACAUGGACCUCACGGAUUUAACGUCGAGUCCAGUGGAUGAGGAAGACAUGACUCCUAGCAGGAGAAGCAGUCUUUGUCUACGAGGCAACCCAUCGGAAGAGGAUUUAAUGCAAGAGGCCGAUGCCUCAGAGACUGACGUUUCGACCUUGAACGAAGUAGAAACAAAUUCACUGAACAAAGAGAGUGGUGAUUCUUCAGAACUAGAGUUGCCCAAGCUGAGGCACAUACAAAGCUUCGGUAGCAAAUUGACCAGUCUUGAAGUACCAAAACAGCGUCAAUCAUUUGAAGACCUAGAGAGUGAGAAUCUAGAUGGUUAUGAAACAACAGAAGAGCCCUUUGCUUCUGAACCCAAUUACAUUGUUCCGAAACUGAACUUGUCUGGCAAAGACAGAGAGAACGAAGUAGAAUAUACAGAAGUAGAAACUACACCAGGAGAAUUGGAUGUACAAAGGGUUAACUCACAUAAAGAAUUGAAGUCAUUUCAGCAAUUAAAGCAAUUGUCCUGCAAAUGGACGACAGGAGCAGGGCCUCGCAUUGGUUAUGUAAGGGACCAUCCCCCGGAGCUGCAGGCUCGAGCUUUAGAACAUGUGAACUUGUCUCCAAGGAUUGCAGGAUUUUCGAGGUCAUAUAUCUCUCCACAAAGCACUAGUGCCGUUACACAGGAGAAAUUGAGGUCCCUUUCUUCAGUGCCAGGACUAAAUUCAGGCUCAUCAGAACGCGACAGUGCUUCUUUUCCUAAUAUUGGUGUUCACGACUCUGCAGUGAAGUUGUUACCUCUGAAAAGGAAAGCAUCAGCCCCGUGGCCUCGUGCCUAAGCAGAGGAAUUUUUUAAUGACUUGAUUAUUUUUUGUGUGGAUAGAGAAUCAAUUUUUUAUACUUACUUGAAGAAGAGAAAUUACAGCAAAGAAACUAGGAGGGAAGACUAGAACAUUUAGGAAUUCAUUCUCAUUUUUUUAUUUAGAACAAAUCUUUUCCUGUUCAUCUUUGCACAUAUGAUGUACAUUGUAGAAUUCAGAGGUUUUUUUUGGC